AUGACUACCCACCAGACCGCCAAGACACAAUACAUACAGUCCAAGGACAUCACUUAUGCGUAUCGCCAGUUCGGCCCCAAGAGCAAUGACGGCCUCGUCCCCUUACUCUUCCUCCACCACUUCCGUGCUUCCAUGGAUUGGUGGGACCCCCUCCUAAUCAACAGCAUUGCCGCCCACAGACCUGUGAUCCUCUUCGAUAAUGCUGGUGUUGGAAAGAGUCGUGGUAAAGUUGACUCCUCGGUCAAGGACAUGGCAAGCCAUGCUCUGGAUUUCUUGAAGCUGCUGGGUAUCAACGAAGUUGAUGUGCUUGGCUUCAGCAUGGGAGGGUUUAUCGCGCAGAUUUUGGCGUUGGAGGCGCCGAAAGGCUUGAUCCGACGUCUCAUCAUCGCCGGCUCGAGCCCCAGCUGGGGUUCAGGCGUCGAACAGCGCGAUGAAGCAAGAUCUCAAGAGAUCAACGCAAAUGCAGCCGGCGCCGAGGCCAAACCUGAGAACAUGCAAAAGCUCUUCUUUUACGACAGCGAGUCUAGCCACGCCGCAGCCAGAGCCUACUGGUCCCGCAUCCACGAACGCACAAAGGAAACCAGCGGCGAAGAACGCACCGAGCUUGUCUCCUGGCAAUACGCCGACGGCGGCGAGGGUCUGCAGAAUAUGGCGAAUGCGUUGGGGCGUUGGAGUUCAGAAGAGCAGCGAGCCGAAGGUAGUUUCGAUCGUCUGGCCGAAGUGAAAGUUCCGGUUUUGAUUGGGCAGGGAAAAGAUGACUUUACGAUUUCGACGGUGAAUAGUUUUGUGCUUCAGCAGAAACUCCCGGAUGCCAGGUUGAAGAUUUGGCCGGAUUCUGGGCAUGGGUUCUUGUUCCAGUUCGCGGAGGAGUUUGCGGGUGAUGUGGUGAGGUUCUUGAGUUAG